AUGAACGAUAUAACAAUCGAUUUCCCACCAAGCACUCUUUCAUCUAAAUUAAGCAGUAAAUUACUCAAAAAGCCUCCAAGCCCAGUUGACUGGAUACAGCAAUCCUACAUGGAAAUGAUUCAAGACGCAUCUUUUGCUACAGGAUAUCACCAUGAAUCAUUGAUGAACAAGAAUAGUUUGGAUUUAUUAGUCAAUCUAAAGCACAUUCCUUACAUGUCACACAAUAAGAUGAACAACGAUAAUAAAAAAUUGAAUACAUGUAUUAAUAAUAACAACCCCACCCAUCAUACACAGCAGCCAGACUUUCAAUGCGAAAAAUUUUCUGGACGCGCUACUAGCUCGAUUUAUACAGACAAGACAAACACAAAUAACAAUAUUACUUCAUUGUCAUCACAUGAUAUUAGUACAACAGAAAUAUGUACAAGCAACAAUGAUAAUGAUACUGAUACUGAUACUGAUAUAUGUAAUACAUUCACUACAUCUUCAACAGACUGUAAUAGAAUGAAUAAUGUAUUCAGGAUUUAUAAAGAGCAGCAAAGUUAUGUAUCUAGACCCACAGUAGAGGAUGAAAGUUCAUUCAUAAAAGUUGCAGCCCCUAAUAAUAGAAACAAUCAUAUCAAGGGGGGAAUAACAAUUAACACUAAGGUAAAAAGUAAAGAUGGUGAUACAUUGGACAAAGUGGCUUCUCCAUGUCGUCAAACAACGAGGAAUAAUAUUCAAACGAGUAAAAUUUCACACAAGAAUAAAAAGAGAUUAAAAUCUCUAAGAAAUUUGUUUUCAAAAAUGCGGAAAACAGCAGAAAAGCCAUUUUGGAUAAUUGAUAAUUGCUUUUAA